AUGGUUGAUGAUUUUAGCAUUGCGAUGAUCGAUCAUCAAGAAGAAGAAGAAGAAGAAGACAUGACAAUCGUGAUGGAAUGGAAGAUAAUUAACCAUUUUAGCGCUGCGUCACCACCGAUCUACUUUGGUGAUUUCGAUUGGAUGGAUAAUGUCAUCGACGAUUUAAAUCCAUUCAGUCUUGAAUCAAAUUAA